AUGGUCAGCCUGCGCAAGCUAAAGCUGACUCAGGCCGGCUGUCAGAUCUGGACACCCGGAUCCAGUGCAAAAUUCUCCCAUUCUGCAGGGUAUUAUCUGCCGCCGCAGUACCGGCCUUCACCAGCAGCAGCGCCCUCACCUCCUCCAGUAACAGCCAAACUGGAGAACAAAGAGUUAUGGGAGAAGUUUCACUCUGUGGGAACUGAAAUGAUACUGACCAAAAAUGGAAGGCGGAUGUUCCCUGAGUUUUCAGUCUCCCUGUCCGGACUGGACCAGCACUGCCUGUACUCUCUGUGUGUCCAGGCUGUGCCCGAGGGCGAGAGCCGGUACAAGUGGCGUGACGGGGUCUGGAGUAUGAGUGGCAGAGCUGAGCCAGGACCACCCACCAGCCUCUACCUACACCCGGAAUCUCCGGCUCCUGGGCAACGCUGGAUGGAGAGAGCCAUUGGCUUCAGCAAGAUCCGUCUGACUAACAACACCCUGAGCCAGGGGGGACAGAUUGUCCUGCAGUCCAUGCACAGAUACUUCCUCCGCCUGCACGUCAUUCCCACGUCACACAGCGGCUCUCCUCCCCGGCCUGUGUCGUCUGUGUCAUUCCCAGAGACGUCCUUCAUCGCGGUCACCAGCUACCAGAACUCCAGGCUUUCCCUGCUGAAGAUUGAAGAGAACCCAUUUGCAAAAGGAAUAAAAUAUUUCAAGAAUCAAAAGGACAACCACACUCCGCGGAAGCGGAUUAGCAGGCCGGAGGCGAGCGGAGACAGCGACCCAGUGUGUAAGAGGAUUAAAGAGAGCGCAGGGGACGUAACCUCGUCCCCCGGAGACAGCGCAGGAGUGGAACAACACGUCCUGCGGGAGAGUGCACAGGAGCGAGAGGAGAGAGCGGAGCUGUCAGGAGAGAGCGCAGAGGCGAGACAGCCAGCUACAGCAGAGAGUUGCAGUGAGGGCAGGCAGUUGGGACACGCGACAUGUGUGGAACGCGGGAGGGAAGUCGCACUACACGAGAGUAUGGAGAAAAGGACGGAGAGGGCCCAGAGAGUGGACAUGUUUGUACACUGGGGCCGCACAGCACAGAGGCCGAUGUGGGUACCAUCCUCCGCUGUGUCCCCUAUACCGGUGACCGGGUACCCUCCACCCGCCUGUCUGAUGGGACACAGACUUCCACACCCAUCACCUCCCAGUCUGGCUCCAUUCUCUUCUCCAAUGGCUAUGCCCCAUGUUCCUCUCGAUGCGCCCUAUUUUCUGGGCUCUUGGGCUUCUCCGCCUAUCAGACUGAGUAAUUCCUUCCCUGGACUGCACCCGCAGCUCUUCCAGCAGAUGUGUGGCCCUUCCUGGUACCUGUCCCCACACACCACCUCCAGGGGCCUCUGAUCCUGGGAGCAUGCAGAACUACAUAACAGGCUGUAAUGGUUCAGGGUGUGAAGGAACGGACCUGAUUGCCAUGGAUUGUGCUGCAGCGGAACAUACAGAACUGAUUGUGCAAGAGAUCAGCGAUUCAGACUGAGUGCUGCAGCAGAGGAGGACAGAAUACAGCGCUGUAUCAGUGCUGGUGCAGGACACUGCCAAUGGGACAGGACAGAGUGCUUAGAUAGCAUAGAGUGCCGGAGUGGACAGAGUAUAGAGUGCUGCAGGAGAGACUGGGAAGACAGCGUGCUGCAGAAGUGGUGGAAAGUACAGAGUGCCGCAGUGGAGACAGACUAGAGUGCCGCAGUGGAGACAGACUAGAGUGCCGCAGUGGAGACAGACUAGAGUGCCGCAGUGGAGACAGACUAG